AUGGACGACCACAACGACAAAGACGGCAGCAUGCUCCUACGCUCCGGCUCACCAUCUCCAUCCAUUCCUCCAACACCCGCCAUCUCCUCAUGUCCCUCCCCCGGCCGCAGUUUCUCAACCAUCUCCUCAAUCUCCAACUUCUCUGCUACGUCUGUUACUACAUCCAACAGCGAUAAUAGACUAUCUGUGAUUUCCGUCGGGUCAAAACGACGGGGUUAUAUCCGCCCUCAGGGCGUCGAAUUCGCCGAAUCGGCUAAGAAUCGGGAAAGUGUUAUGUGUUUGGGCAGUAUUGCGCAUUUACAAUACUACUUUGCGAGAACGGGAUUACUUGAUGGCAAAGGAGCGCAGAUGGCUCGUCCAAGGAAUAAGAAUCAUGUUGAUAGCGCAAAGGAGGUUCCAAAGUUGAUGCUCACUCAGGAUCCGCAGUUUGCUACGGAGAUGGUUGAUAGUCCUGUAGAUGAUAUCGCUCCGGAUCAGGUUGAUUUUGAUGUUGAGGACGACGACGAAUUGAUGCUGCCUCCUACGGUUAGUACGUACAGUGUCAAGACGCACCAUAUUGCGCCUCCGCCGAAGUUGAAGGUUUUGCGAAAAGAGUUGGUGGAGGCGUUGGAUAAGGCAUCGUUGGCAGUGAAGAAGUCAGAGCCAGACAACACAGUAACUUCGCCCACGGCGUCGUCGAAUAGUCUCUUGCCUCAGUAUGAUCCACAGUCGCCUUCGUCACCCAAGUCCACCGGGUGGCAUGAAGUUCAGGGCAUGCACAUUCUUGAUCUUGUCACGUUAGCGAUCCGCGCCGCUCGAGUGUACUACAUUAGCCACGAACGACCGGAACGUCUGGCUAGUAUCAAGUCAGAACGGAAAUUCCGAGAAGAGUUAUUGGCAGUUACAGAUGUUUUGAAAGGAUGGGCGUCUCGAAACUUUGCCGGUGGUUUACGAAAUACCGAACGGGCAGCAAUUCUAAACUGGAUGGCUGGUGUUAUCAUUGUUCUCGACGAAGAACGCAGGCUAGAGGAGGCCGAGAACAAGGAACGAGCCAGUUGGAACUGGGCUUCUGGCGAUUGGACGGGGCGUGAGAGAGAGCGUGAAGAAGCAUUUCUUCAGACCUUGAUGAAUGGAAUUGGCCCCGCGUUGCCGCCGUGGACGUCUCCUGAGAAUGCAGUCUUACCAACUCCACUUCUGAGUCGCUUGCGUGACGGACGCGAUCUCAUUCGAAUGCAUAACCAAGCCGUGCGCAAAUCAAGGCGACUUUUUGGCGAAAUCAAAACUCCCCACGAGGAUAUAGCCAAGCCCUACCGCCGAGCGGAGAAUCUACGAUACUGGCGCAAAGCCGCCGAAUUGCGGUGGGAAAUCAAAUUUGAUUUGGACGUCAUGGGCGUGGUGUACGGGAGUAGCGACGAGGCGUGGAAGCAAUUCGACGCUGCACUUCUUGAAUGGUGCAGGGGUGUUCGUGAGGAAAUGUUGGAUGACUGGAGGAAUCCGCGUAAGGGGUCUGUUGCAUCUAUUAUAGAGCUUCCGGUCAUUUUUGAUAACGAGACCUUGACUGCUGAGGCUAGUAUUGUAUCCAUGCCCGCAGUACCCUUCGUGCCUGGUUCAUCGGCGACGUCGACGACAGCAACGAGCACGAACGAGAGCAGUUUACAAGCUAGCUAUUCUCUGCGAUCAUUAACUAAGAAAUUUUCUGCUCCUCAAUUAUCGCAAUCUCCCUCGACAGAAGCUCAGGAGCCGUUAUCGACGACCUCAAGCCCUUCGACGAUAUCCCGCCGAUUCAGACAGUCACCACAGAGAGAGGAAUCGGAACAGAACCUGUCUUCGGACGAUACGCAACGAACUUCGAUAUUCCGAAGACUCUCACCUGGUCUAGCGGCUCGAGUGAAACUCCUCAGUGGAUCAACGGAUUCCAAUAACCCGCAGACGAAAAAUAAUAAAGGUGCCGUGGGCAAGAUCCCAGAACACCACUUACGAGAAUUGGAAAGUCUUCAUCAGGAUUUAUCAAUCAAAGUUGAGAAACGCGGUAGAGCUUGGCCAGGUUUGACAAUCAAAAGAGAAAGAAGUGCACCUGAUUUAUUGCAGUCACCUACCAAGAAAGAACCCAGUCAAGCAAAUAUACAACAAAGUAGUUCACAGCAACAACAAAAGAAACUUCUCACCCCCGACAACGAACUCUUCCCAGACCGACGUUCUUCUCCUGUUGACACGAUUGAACAACUCGCCGACGUCCGCGACUCCGUAGACGGGGUUGCUGCGUCGACGAUGACGACAGUUGGAUUCGCUACAAUGGCUGAAGGGCCCAGCUCCAUACCUCAAAAUGUCGACCCUAUACAGGAAGUAUCGAGUGAUCUGGAAGAAUAUCUCAGGCGCAGCACACUUGAAGAUCAGGCUCCUCCCCCUCCACCAAAAGAUACUCCGCCCGUACCCUCGACGCCGUCUUCGAACAACAUGCAAUCAUACUUCACAAGUCCUUAUAAACUGAACCGAGCAGAGUCGAUCUUUUCUUUUUCUCGGGCGUCUUUUAGUAAUCAAUUGUCACAGCUUACAUCGAUCAAUUUGCCGCAACCCGCCGCUCUGGAAGCGAGCAUUACGUCCAUUAUCAAUGCACCUACAGCCGUUAGAGCUUUGAGUGGUGCAGCCGAACAAAUUGAGAAAUGGAUGAAUAAGGCGUCGGAAGUUCUCAAUGGCCUCGAUGCCGAGGACGACGUUGAGUGGGCUGCGGCCGGUGGACGAGAAGGGCUGGAAGAAGUGGACAAGGCAGUUAUCAAAUUUGAGAGCUUGGUUGAUGUCUAUGUCAAGGCCAUUGAGAAUGUUCAAUUACGUGACGAUAUUGAUGAUGUUCGUGCCGAUGAUUUGAAACUGAUUGUUGUUCAAAUGGAUACAACUUUGAAAAAUUGGGCGAGCAUACGGAAAUUCUUGAAAGGUGUCAAGGAACAAGUCGAACUUGCCAUGGAAUGGGAAGAGUUAUGGAACAAUGUCCUUGGUGAUGUUGGUCUUGAAAUUGAUAAUCUCAGCAGAUUGAUCUUUGAAAUGGAGGAAAAGCGACAUAAAUCACUCGCCCCGGAUACAGAGGCUGAGCCUGGUAACGGUCUCGAUAUCAAUGAGCUCGAAACUAUUGUUGAGGAAUCCCCUCUUCACGGUACACCAUCAACAGCAAACAAGCGGCUGAGUUUGGCUUUGUUUCCUGCAGCUGAUACUUCUAAUCCUGCGGUAGCGAAUAGCAAUCCACAAGAUGAUGCGAAUCUUAUGCAACUAUUUGCUCGUAUGCAGCCGCUAAGAGCGUCAUUGGACUUUCUUCCUAUGCGAUUAUCCAUGUUUCAAUCACGAGCAGAAAAAUUGUUCCCGACAGCUUGUGAGGAGCUGGAAGACAGGCGAAAGCGACUUGAGACGGAUUACAAGAAACUAGAAGCUGAUGCAGAGGCUUUGCGGCGCGAGCUUGGAGAAGAUCGCUGGAUUCUAGUGUUUCGAAAUGCUGGCAAGCAAGCGCAGAAGAUGUGUGAUUCGGUUGAACGCAGUAUCGGCAAGUUGCAAGAGUCGUUGGAGUCGGGUGAUCCUGUGAACAAUCCAUCGGCAGUCACUAAGAAGAUUGAGAGCUACGAAGCUAAAAAGAUACAUUACGUGCCGGCCAUUGCGAGAGUCAUGUCAAUUAUUCAAAAGGGAGUCAACGAUAGACUUACGGUGAACGGUGAGGUUCUUACUUUGCUUUCAGACAUGAACCAGCGGGUUGACGCCCUCAAGGCGAGCAUGAAAGUCAUGGAUACGGUGCUUGAGGAGACUACGAUUUCUAAGAGCCAGCAACUGCGUGAUUCGGUAUCUAGUAUUAUUACAACCGACAGUCCUGCAAACACUAGCCUUUUUGGUACACCUGGCAGCUCGCCGGCAUCGUCUGUAAUUGUGACUGGAUAUAAUGGCGGACUACGGACACCCAACGCUGGAAAUGGCGGAUCUAGCAGACGGGGAAGUUCAGUUGGCAGUACGUCACGAACUGCUGCUGCAGGAUCGCGAAGAUUGUCUGGUAUUCCGACAGCAGCUAGCAGUCGCAAAUCGUCAGCUGCACUAUCUGUCAACACGCCACCGUAUUCCUCUACGACACCAACACCCGCAACACGUACCAGCCGUAUACCAUCGACACCGGCGAUGAACCGACCACGAUGGAACGCCAGCACCAAUACCGCCGAUCUUGACACUGGCCACAACUUCAAACUGACCCCACCAUCUACCCUCCGACAGAACGUCCCCUUACCAGGACGCACCUCGCGAUCUGUUUCUUCAUCCCUACCCGUCCCUAGUCCACUAAGCCGAGCAACAUCCUCCUCACCCGUCCCCACAGGGCGAACAGGUAGUCGUACCGGCUACCGAACAAACAGUCGUCUCGGCACAAUGUCACCAACCCCAACCUCACCCACUGUUGGCCGCUCAUUCUCCGCCUCUACAACAUCAACAACCACCCGCCCAUCUAUUCAAGAUUCAUCAUACGGCAAACUCCGCAAAUCAACCCCCAAUCUGCCCACGGGCCUCCGCAAUCGACAAAGUUACGGUGGACCGAUGACUACGACAGUGAGACAGAACGAGGAAGAAAAUGGAGCUACGAAACAAGCUCGACCCGGUACGUCACUUGGUCAUGGAAGUCGUCGGAUAAGUCUUUUACCUCAGAUAAAGAGUAAAUCUGGACGAGAGAGUUCGACGGGAAAUAAUAAGAAACCUGAUGAACGACCUCCUUGGAGAUAAUACUUUUUCUUUUCUCUUUCUCCAAUUUCUAUUUCCGGUACCUUUUUCUAAUACGUCGGAUCUAUUCGGUUCAGCGUUUUAUUUCGUCUCUGUGCAUGACACACAUUUUAUUUGUAUGUCAUGUCAGUUGUUUGACUACCUGUUUCUGCACAAUACCUCUAGCGAUAUUCUUGUUAUUCGUCAGGCUUGAAACAGAUA